CAAGCUACUUCACUUACCAGAAGAGUGCACAAAAGUGCCAGGGAAACACAGAUCAGCACCAGAUCAGAACCACAUCGCAGACGCAGAAAGCAGCAAAGAAUUCAUGAAUUUUCAGCCUUCACAAGUAAAGAAGAAGAAAAGAAGCACAUAUUAAUUUUCAUUUUCUUUUUGUUUUUUCAAAGAAAUAAAAGAAAGAGUGAUGGAUAGGGAAAUAGAGAGGUUCCUGAAGAGGCUAUCGUUCGUGGCCAUAGCAAUAGCUUCCACCACUCUCAUACUUCUCUUCCUCCAAACCCCCGACACGUGUGUCCCUUCCGACGCCCCACUCAAACCCCACCUUCGGUUCCCCAAAUCCACCUGCGAUUUUACCACGCGCAUCCACGCGCCGCUCCAUAAGAAGAACCAGCGCCUCUGGUCCACGCGUGACUGGAACUCCAAGGUUCAGUCCUUCUCCGCCGUCUUCCUCCCGCUUCGCCGCCUCGGCAUCCUCGCCAACCACUCCAAGGUUCUCUGCGUCUCAGCCGGCGCCGGCCACGAGGUCGCCGCACUCUCCGGUUCCGGCGUCGAGGACGUCACCGGUGUGGAGCUCGUCGAUUCGCCGCCGCUCGUCCAGCGCGCUGAUCCGCACAACCUGCCGUUCUUCGACGGUGCGUUCGACCUCACGUUCUCCGCAAGGCUUGAUGAGGCGCUGUUCCCGGCGAGGUUCGCGGCGGAGAUGGAGCGCACUGUCAGGUCCGGCGGUUCGUGUGUUGUCGCCGUCGCGGAGUGCGGGGACGAUGAGGUGAGGGAGGUCGUUGGUCUGUUCAGGAAAUCGAGGUUUGUUAGUUCCAGUAAUGUUAGCUUGAUUGGAAUGAGAAUGACAAGUAUUGUUAUGAGAACUAGUAAAUCUUCUUGAUUAAUGCUUAAUUUUUCAUUAUUUUUUCCUUCAAAUUUUGUAUAUUUGGUUUCAUGUGUUUUUGUACAUGUCUUUCUGAAUUUAUAUCUAUAAUUGUAGGUGUUGAUGUUGUACUGUAAAUUAUGCAUGGGGUUCAAUUAAUCAAUUCUAGUGAUUUGAAUCAAAUAUUGUUCAGAUUUUUAGGGUAAUUAGCUUGUGAAUUUAGGGCCUUGUAACACAAUGGUUCUGUAUUUUGAAAUAGGGUCUUGGUUUUCUUGUGAUUUGUGGGAUCUGAUGCAAGUGUUAUAGUUAUUAGCGAGGAGGUAGAAGUAGGAUAGGUAAAAUCUUAUGAGAUCUUAGUCUACAUUUCUUUACAAUGGUGUCACUCUCCAUGAAGGGAGAGGAAACUUGAGGAAGAAGAAAAGAGCUUGAGAUUCUGGAGUAGUGUGUUAUUGCAGAAAUGAACAAUCCAGCUCUCCGAAUUCUGUGGUGUACAUUGUUUAUAUACUCUCUAGAUGAGUUACAUAAACAACUAACUAUAACUAGUUCUAAGCUCUAUCGACUAUCAUAACACAGUAGCUAAUGAGUAACUACUUUUAACUACCACAUCUUUGUGCAAUUGAGUUAUGAAACAAAAAUGUGGACAGUUGGUUAAGAUUAUUUUUGUGCAUUCACUUUGAUAAAUUCCUUUUGUAGUUAUAAGAUGGAAAUUUGGUGUUGAUUGCUUAUAAAAAAAAAGAAUAAACUAAUCAUGUUGAUUUGCUUUAUUAUUUCCUAUUUCAGUUUCUGUAGCAGUGUUUGAAUGGACUGUGCAUCAUACUCGAUAAUAUUAUAGGGCAAACUUAUAAACGUGAACCUAUUGUCCUGGUCCUGAUUGGUUUAUGAAAUGCAUGUAAAGCUCUUGUUCUGUAUGAGUCAUGAGCUUAUGUUGUGACCUUCUGGAUUAUAUGAAUAAUACAAUUUUUUUUUUCUUUUAAAGAGUAAGAUGGAGGUCUUUCUUAUACUAAGUUGAUAUGAACCCAUGGGUUUCCAUUGUAUGUUCUAGAAGGAAGUUCAGUGAGUAACUAAAUUAGGACGAUCGGAAGAACUGUGUCCAGGGGACUCAAGUCCUAGUGUGCAUAAUAGAAUCAUGAGCUGGUGUGGUGGGAGGGAACAGAGAGAGUGGACAUUGCGUGGUUCGGUAGAAUCAUAGAUAGUGAAUGUAUGGGAAGGAAAAAAAGGUAGGCUGAAUAUUGGAACCAGGCCUGGAGAGAUUGAUCUGAGUAGUGCUCAGAACUUGUUUUCUUUUGUUUGUAUGGAUAUCCAUUCCUGUACUGAUUCCUCACUAGAGCCAGAUUCAGAAGAGUAAUGUGUAUGAUCUUACGUUACUGUUACAAUUCAAUAAGGAAUCUAUUUUCAGUAUUAGAAACAACAGACUAGAAUAAAAUGAUGAUUAUUCAAUGAGUGUAUUGUCUGCUUGCUGCUGUAAAGAAUUGAUAACAAAUUAUGGCCGGUUGUGAAUAUUGAACACAAUGCGAUUUGAACUAUCAAGGAUCAUAUAUUUAUAUUGAGGAAGUUACAUUGCUGUUUAUUUGUUAAUUGAAAAAUUGUCACACAUUAUAUGAUUUCAAUGACUUGAUUGACUGAACUGUGUUCGGAUCAUUUCAACACAAUCUGUAUCAUUUGAAUGUCUCUUCUCUGAAGCUGGGCUGGGCAGGGCAGGGCAGGACAGGGCAGUUUUAUUUAGAGGAACCCUAAUAGUAAAGUGCUUAGAUCCAAAUUUUGGUGUAUGUAUAUGUAGUAUUCUUUUGCAAUAGGUCUUAAUAUUUCAAGAACACCUAAUAUACUGUAUCAACUCGUGUGUGUGACUUGGUAAGUUGUCCAAUAUUUGCUGCUUUCAUGAUUUUGGAAGUGGAAAGUAGACUAUGCUUCAAAUUAAAUGUUGUUGUUUAAGUUAUUGUUAAGAUUACUUCUAUAGAAACUUAGGCAUCUCUCUAUUUGAACUAAUUUAUGAAAAUCUUAAGAGGCGUUUUACACAUAUGAGAAUUAAUUAAGGGAGCUAUAGUAAUAAUUCAUAUAGUUGAGUGAGAAGCAAUAUUGGAGGACCUUGAAGUUUCUUGCUUAGCAGUUGCUACGACCCCUUUUCCAGAUUUUACAGCACCCAUAGUCCGACUGAAUAGCUUGUGUACAAUGUAAUACCUCGAAUGAAAAAACAAAAGUCUGUGAUAGCAAAUCAUUGAUCUUAAUCUUCAAGUAGUGGGAUUUGGCAAGUAUUCUAGCUGAGUAAUAUUAAGCUCCAAAAAACCCCGGGAUUUACAAAUUAGUCAAAAGUUAGAAUCCCAUAAGCUUCAAUAUCUUAUGCCUUUCAUGUCAUCAGUUUUAAAUAUCUUCAAAUCGGGCAUCAACUUCUUUGAGAAAACUGUAGCCGAUAGCUGAGUGAUAACAUAAUUCUCAAGCAUGGCAUAGAGGUACUUGUCACAUUCUAUUUAGUAAAUCAAAACACUUAUAAAAUGUUAGGGGUGAUAGCAGAAUGUAGUAAGUUCUAGAAUAUCGUUAAGAGUGAUUGGUUAGGGAAGUUAGUUAAGAGUUUGUUAUGACAGCUAGUGGUCUAACUUACUAUAAAUAUCUUGUAAGGAACCUGCUGUAACCAACUAAUCAUUUGUAACUCUUAAUAACAGUUUUCAUAGCUCUCAAUUCUCUCUCAGCUCUCCAUUUCGAUUGUUCUUCAUCCUCUAUAUUCUUCUUCCCCCAACUUCUUCAUUGCCUGAUACCUUUCAUGGUAUCAGAGCUCUAAGUUCUGAUCAAUCAUGGCAGCAAACAUACCAAUCGAAGUUCCUAGAGCUCAAACGAGCUCAACACCUAAUUUCACUUCUUCUCCGAUCUCUAUGAAGCACAAUGAGGACAAUUUCCUUCAAUGGAAAGAUCAAGCAGGGUCAACAAUCGAAGGGCAUGAUCUCGAGUCACAUAACAGGAGAAGGUAUACCAGACCAUUCUGAUGCAUUGGGAGUGGCAAAUCCAGAGUUCUUGCGAUGGAAGAGACAAGAUGCGUUGCUCAAGUUGUGGCUGUUGGCCUCAAUGACAAAACCGUUCACCACGAGGAUGGUAUGGUGUGUAUACACUUAUCAGAUUUGGAAAAGGUUAGAAGAUCACUUUGCAUCUCAAAUUAGAGCUAAAAUAUGCAACUAAAGAGUAAAUUGAGUAGCAUUCGAAUUGGAGGUUCAGUAAAUGAAUAUGUCUUAGCGUUGAAGGAAUGAUAGAUGCAUUAGCAUCAGUAGGUGAACCAAUGAGAGAACAGAUUAUAUUAAUGCAAUUCUUCAUGGCUUAACAGAAGAGUAUGCUCCAUUAAUCACUUCUGUAGUUGCCAGAUUCACAAGUAUAUCUGUUGGAGAGUUAGAGGCAUGGCUUCUUGCACAUGAAAGCAUGUUAGAGAGGUUUCGAAGGUCAAAGUCACCUAUCUUAGCUAAUACUGCUCAAAAUUCACAUAAUUACAAUAUGAAAGGAGGUUUUAUAGGAGGUUCUCAAGGUGGCUAUAGAGGAGGGUAGAUUAGGAGGCAGGUUCAAUAGGUUGGAUGAUCAAUUUUAGUAUGGCUCUAGCUCGAGUUUUGAAGGAACUGAGGCAUGAUUUGGAAAUGAUGCAAGGUUUGGAGGAUAUGAUGCACAGUUUGAUAGUUGUCAUGGAAGGUUCACUGGAGGUGGUUCAAGAUUCAGUAGAGGAGGCAGAUUUGCUAUGGCAAUGGAAAAAGAAGAUUUCGUAAUAGAUCAGCAGGCAGGUUCAAUAAUGGAGCCAAGGUUAUGUGUCAAGUGUGUGAAAAAUUAGGACACACUGUUCUAAGGUGCUGGUAUAGGUAUGAUGAUUCUUAUGAUGAAAGAAGUAGUGCUCACAAUAGUUCUAGUUCCAAUUUCAGGUCUCAACAGAAUUUGACUCAAAUACAAGUGCCACAAGCACUACAAGCUAAUCAAGCCAAUAUUGAUAACACCAUAGCUACACCAACAACAAUUUAUGAUCAAAGUUGGUAUCCUGACUCAGGUGCAACUCAUCACAUGAUUCUAGACCCUCAAAAUUUGAUGGAAGGAGAGAAUUAUGAAGGCAACAACCAAGUUAUCGUUGGCAAUGGCUCAGGUUUGCAUAUCACCGCUGUUGGUAAAGCGUAUUUUGAAUCUGAUUUGAACUCAGAGAUUUUUAUGCAAAAGUUACUUCAUGUACUUGAGAUAACAAAGAAUCUGCUAAGUGUGUACAAGUUUUGCUGUGACAAUAAAGUCUUUGAAUGUCGUGCUGACAAAUGUUAUGUCAAAUCUCAGAAAACUAGCGAAUUAGUCCUACAUGGAAGAGUAGCAAAUGGAAUGUAUAAGUUUGAGAACUUCACAGUUCACACGCUCAAUAAAGGUUGUUGCCUAUCACACUACCUUGACUGCAGAUGAUAAAUUUCUUCUCUGGCACUCCAGAUUGGGACAUGCAGCUCGUGCUAUUGUUGCCUCAGUUUUAAAAGCUUGUAAUAUUUUAGUUGAUGAGAACAAGUCUGUGUGUACGACUUGUAUAGAAAAGUCUCAUCAGUUGCCUUUUCCUGUAUCCAACACUGUAUAUACUACAUCUUUAGAACUUGUCCAUUCAAAUAUAUGUGGUCCAGCACCAACCUCAGAUCUGAAUGGCAACUAUUACUUUGUGAAUUUUAUAGAUGCUUACUCUCAUUUCACUUGGUUGUAUCUGAUUAAAAUAAAUCUCAGCUCAAAUGGUUGAAUUGCAGCUUAAUGCCAGGAUCAAAAUGUUUUAGUCUGAUAAUGCAGCUGAAUAUCUCAGUUUCUCUAAGGAUUUCCAGGCUCAGGGAAUCAUUCACAGGUUCUCAUGUCCAUAUGUUCAUCAGCAGAAUGGUUGUGCUGAAAGGAAGCAUCGCCAUGUAGUGGAAAUGGGGCUUACUUUGCUGUCAGGUGCAGGCAUGCCAAUCACAUAUUGGGGGCAAGCUUUUACUACUGCAAUUCAAUUAAUCAAUACUUUUCCUACUCCAGUGUUGCAUCAUGUCUCUCGAACUGAAAAAACUGCUUGGGAAGGAGUCUUCUUAUGAGAGCUCAAGAGUAUUUGGGUGCUUGUGCUUUUCACAUUUGAAGCCUUACAAUAGGCACAAGCUGGACUUCGAUCUGCUCCUUUUGUGUUCCUUGGCUAUGGCACUGCUCACAAGGGAUACACGUGCUUGACACAACAAGGAAAAAUCAUCAUCACUAGGAAUGUAGUGUUCGAUGAAACAUAUUUUCCUUUCAAGAAUGGUGACUUCUUGAACAAGAAUCAUGAUAUGUCUAUGACUCAUCUCAAAUCAACUCCCAUCAUAUCAAUAAUUCCAAAACUACCUCCUUCUGUACCAACAAUUUCUAUUGCUCCAAUUCCAUCCUCACAUCACUCACAACCUGCUUCAAAUCAGUCACAAUUUGUUCCACCAAAUCACCCUUUACAUCCUACUCCACCUCAUACAAACUCUCUGAUCCUCGUCUCAGCCAUCCCUAGCUCAUGAUUUUAAUACAACCCACUCUACUGCUGUCAACAAUUCAUCUCCAGCCCUCACCCCCUUGGUGCCAUCAGCUACAUCCACCAUUGUUCCAAUUUCAGACUUUGAAAUGGUCUUACCUUUCUCGGAUCUUACACCACAGCAGACUAACACUCAUUCAAUGAUUACCAGGAGUAAGGCUGGUAUUUUCAAACCAAGGUGCCUUAAUGCAGUGCUUGAGCCUAGAACUGUUAAGGAAGCUUUGCUGCAACCACAAUGGAAAGUAGCCAUGGAUGCAGAAUUUGAUGCCUUACAAAGGAACCACACUUGGAAGCUAGUGCCAUUACCACCAAGGAGAGAUGUUAAUGGGUGUUUCGUGCCAAGUGUAACUCUGAUGGGACUCUUCAGAAGUAUAAAGCACGGUUGGUGGCUCAGGGUUUUUCUCAAAGGCAUGGCUUUGAUUUCAAUGAGACCUAUAGCCUCGUGGUGAAACCAACCUCUAUUCUCAUGGUCUUGUCCAUAGCAUUAGUGAAUUCUUGGUGCAUUAAGCAAUUAGAUGUAAAUAAUACAUUUUUGCAUGGUGAUCUUAUUGAGGAUGUGUAUAUGAAGCAACCUCAAGGCUAUUCGGUUGGAGACUCAAAUUUGGUUUGUAAACUAACCAAAGGUUGUAUGACCUGAAGCAGGCUCUAAGGGCCUGGUACAGCAAGCUGUCCACAGUUCUGAGGCACUUGGGUUUUUCUUCCAUAAAGUCUGAUGUUUCUAUAUUCAGUAGAUUUUGCAAAAGUUCAGAAUUAUUUGUGUAUGUGUAUGUUGAUGAAAUCAUGAUCACUGGAAGCUUAGAAAGAGAGAUGGUUGAGGUUAUCAAACAACUGAGUGUCAGGUACUCUUUGAAGGACAUGGGUGAUUUGCACUAUUUCUUAGGCAUUCAGGUAACAAAGGAUGCAAAUGGAGGGUUAUUGUUAAGUAAGGAAAAGUAUGCUACUGAUAUAUUGAUCAAGGUUGGCAUGAAAGGAUGUAGUUCUUAUAAAACCCCUCUGCCGCCUUCAAUGAAAUUCUCAGCUCUUGGUGGUAGCGUUUUUGAAGCCCAAAGCUAUAUAGGUCUGUUGUUGACAGCCUUCAAUACUUGACUGUACAAAGCCUAAGAUCUCUUAUUGUGUGAGCAAAGCCUCUCAAUUUAUGCAGUCUCCUCUAGAUACUCACUGACAGCUAAGGGUGUUCAAGACCAACCCAGCUCGAAACCUGGCACGGACCCGAUGCAUAUUUUGUCGAGUUCGGAUUUGCCAUUUCUAUCCGGUCAGGUCAAAAUGGACCCGGCCUCGCCCAUGAACACCCCUACUGGCAGCUAAUCAAGCGAAUUUUGAGGUAUAUUAGUUGUACUUUGAGCUAUGGACACUUACACAAGAAUAGCACACUUGAUCUUGCAUAUAGUGACUCUGAUUGGGGUGGAGACCCUGAUAAUAGAAAGUCCAACGGUGGUUUUUGUGUGUUCUUGGGCAAGAAUCUGGUUUUGUGGUCAUCCAAGAAGCAAAGUGUAGUGGCAAGGUCCAACACUAAGGCUGAGUAUCAGACCAUGGCAGACCUUGUAGCUGAGCUCAUUUGGGUGAAAAAUCUCCUAUGUGAGCUCAAGCAUCCUGUUUUUGAACCUCCAAUUAUUUAAUGUGACAAUUUGAGUGUUAUGUUAUUGGCUGCUAAUCCAAUACUUCACUCAAAGUCCAAGUGUUUUGAAAUUGAUCUGCACUUUGUAAGGGUCUAUGUGACGAAAGGUAUAGUUAAGGUCAGUCAUGUUCCAGGCUAUGUUCAAAUGGCUGACGAUUUAACAAAAGCACUGCCUUCAGCAGCUUUUCUUCAUUUUCGGUCAGCCCUUCAAAUUACAGAUGUAAAUGUUGGUUUGGUUACUUUGGUAUCAAUGUUUUGGGGAUAUAAUCCUUCGAAAAAUU